GGUCAGUUGAUCCGCUCCCUCUAAACCAGGAGAGUGACGGACACCGAGGGUUGUUUACGCGUCCUCUGCGCCACAGUGUUUACCUGAAUGUUUGUUUUUGCCAACUGUAAACAGACAUUUUGGAUUUAUAACGCGCAGUCACGCCGAGCUGCAAAUGUCUGUGUUAUGUAGAUAGUAUUGACAGGAGUGUGAGUGGCGCCAUCUGGUGGCUGGUCCGCAACUGCUACGUCACUGUAACACCGUUUUAUAGUUUGAAUAUGACGCCUUGAUUGUAUAUUCAACUGUAGUUUAAUUCAUGUGCGCGUAGAGUCUUAUUUUAUCACGGUGCUUCAUUUGCCUCCUCGUGUUUACAUCGAGCCGUUGCGCCGACCUCCGUUCAAAAAAGCACCGGUUUAAUGUUGGCUGACUCUCCUCUCGGAACAUCACUUAGUGGAUGUCCACGGCCUCGGAUGAGAAACCAACGCUUCACUAGAACACACUGGCAACAGUUUCCUUCACUGUGGCAUCUCCUCGCACCAAAGGCAGCCACGUGUGCGGUGCAUCGUACCCUGGCGCUGUGUUGUUAAAUGUCUCCGUUUUUACAGAGGAGUUCGGCGGGGCGCGCUGUGAGUGUGACACACGGCACCGCAGCCUAUAAGCGUCGCCCAGCGGCUGCGACGAGCAUGACAAGCGCCCAUGGACGCGGCCGUUCUGAGUUAAAGCAGCAAUAUCCGAGGGGAGCAGCUCGUGGGACUCAUCCGUGGGUUUGUUGUGCUGGAGUUGAAAAAUACAGACGUGGACUUGCACGAGCAGGCUGCUGAAUGGAGACGGAACUCCACGUUCUGCUGUACUGGCCCAAUAUUAUUGGAUACAUCCGGAUUGGCCUUGUGUUUGCUGCAUGGGCUGCCUAUGAAACACCAGCAGCCUUCGUCCCUCUUUACGCUGUCUUCAUAGCACUUGAUGGAGUGGACGGGUGGCUGGCGAGGAGGCUGGGCCAGAGCUCCAGGUUCGGGGCCUGGCUGGACGUAGUGGUGGACAAUCUGGGGAGAGGCAUGCUGUGGGGCCUGCUGUUUGAGUGGGGUUGGCUGGUGUCUGCACUGGAGUGGUGUGUGUUUGUCUGUAACCACAAUCCCAGAAGUGACAACUGGAAGAACAGCUUCACCAGCAGCCCUCGGUUCAUACAGGUCAUCAUGGCAAAUGGGUUCCGUACACCACUGGGCACGUGGGUGGUGAGUGGGCUGCACUGCCUCCCUCUGUGGCUGUAUGGUUAUCAGUGGGGUUUCCUGUCUCACUGGUUAUAUCUACCUCUCUGGAUCCAGGCCCUGGGGGCCGUGCUGCUGGCUGCAGGCCGCCUACUGGCUCUGUCUGCCGAGAUCUGGUGUAUAUGGACACACAUUGAAUAUCUCACCAAUGAUGAGCCAGAAGAGAAAAAGAGUUGAAAGCCUCUCAGGAGAGUCGGCUUUAACUGUCCUGUCUACACCCUGAUGUUAUUCCAUCACUUUAAGAUAAACAAAGGUCAGGAUUAAAUUCCCUUCUAAGUAAAAACGAUCAGCACUGCUCUGUGGUCACAUGAGCUACAUUUUAUCCUUUUGUUCUAUCGUGGCAAAAAUGUGUUUCCAUUUUAGAUAUAACCCACCAUAUUGAAUGUAUCUGACAGCGACAUCUGCAUCUUGACCUGUCACUAAUUUAAUAAUCAUGCUUAAAUAGGUAUUCCAGUAUUUUAGAGCCUGGGCCACAUGUUUAUCAACAUCUGGGAUCUGACCAGAUAGUCUCUCCUGGCGGCCGCAACACAGUGGCAGUGGCUAUAAUGUAAUCUUAUGGGGCAACAGGUGAUGAAAUGUUCAAUAAACAUCUAUAGAAGGCUCAAUUUUUUUACACGCCCAAAUCUAUAAAAGUAGGGUCCAUUUUGAAAAAGAAUGGAAUCGCCUCGUAAAACAUGUUGUAUUGGUGAAUAUGAUCACUUUUGAGGUUUUUUUAUCCUCUGCUGAGAUAAAAGGUGUGGCUGAUCCCACACUGUCAUGUGAGAGUGUGAUGCAAACUGUGGACAAUGAGGUACUCAGGGAGAAGAAGCCUCUUCAGCUUGUUUAACUGUUCGAAUGAAUUCAGGUAUUUUAGAACAGUUAUUUAUUGGAAACACACUGCCACAGAGACCAAUUACUCUUCUAUCAGAGAAAACUGAUGAGUUAUAGAAACAUUUUGAGACAGGAACAUCCGCAAGCCGGUUAAAAGUGUAAAAGCACUGCAAAAUCUCCUCACUUUACAAAGAUGUCCUCCGUCUUUGCUCAAAAUGGGUCCCCACAAAUGUUUAAGUACAAGUACAC